AUGCAUGAUGAACAUGUUUUGAAUCACUCAAGCAAGUACUCGUCAGAAAUAAUACAAAGCAAGGAAAUAAAAAAUGUAAACGUUAACAGCACCUCCAGUCAUGUAAUUAUUGUACAUGACACAACCUCCUGGGCUAUGGAAACAAUACCCAAUCAAGACAAACAAUAUGACUACAAUGUCCAUUGCCCGGUCGGUAAUAGCGAUCGACCUUUAACAGAGAUCAUCGAACUGUGUGAAGAUGUAAUUAGUAUUGAUCCAGAUAAUAGUUUAAACAAAACCCUGCAGGAAAACUGUUCAUUACUUAAAACCCUAACAGAAGACCAACAAAGUGUUACAUUAAAAUCAACCCACUGUAAUGAAGCAGCGGAAUCAGGUUGUGAAAUUAAUACUAUUACUAAUGUAGCGAAUGGCGAAUCUCUUGCUCCCGAAACAUACCAAUCGAACGAAGAAUUGUCCCAUUCCAUGCCAGCGAAAACAGUUAAUUUAAGUUUAAAAACGCAAUCAGAAAAAUCGGGUCCCUCCGAACAGGUCAGGGCAAAAAGCAGUGAAUUAGUUUUCGGACAAACGCCAAAACAAAACACCGCAAAUAAGGUCAAAGGUCACAAGUCAAUCAAGUGCACAAAACGUUUAUCGAAGAGAUAUAUUACGACAACAAUAUAUCUGGGCCAAUCGAUAAAAGUGAAAUAAAUUGCAACCUAGGGGUGCCUAUCAGACAUGCGGAGUGGGUGGGACGGCUACCUUCGAUUGAAUCUUCAUAUAAGUCUGCAUCGUUAAGAAAAUCUACGACUUUAAACGAUUUCCAGCGAUCGUGUAAGAGAAAUUUUCGCAAGAGUCGUUCAAACCACCGUCCCCGGGACUGGCAGAGGUACCUCGAAUUUGUUCGGAAAACGUUACAUCCUCGUGUGACUCGGCCUCCAAUUCGCCUACGAACAACAAAGUAAUUCCUAUUGUUAUGUCACAAUGUCGGACCAUAAGUCAUCGCAUUGCAAGUUACAAUAAAAUACGUAAACGAACUAGUAAUCCAUGCAACCUGGUAAAUGUCCCUGUAACUACUAGUAACCUGGAAAAUCACCGAGACUACUGCGCUGUUCCAUCUCUCUUUGUUACCAAUGCCUGCCACAUAGCUAACAAGGUGGACGAACUGUCUGCAGUGGAAUUCAACCAGAUCUUCCCAGACUUCAAGCGGUAGAGCAUUUGCUCAAGGACAGCCACCCACCUCUACCAUCCAUUGGCCAAGUCAAAACCGUCCUAAAACACCUAAAUCCUAGUAAAGCCACUGGGUCGGAUAAUAUCCCUGCAUGGUGUCUUAAACGGUACGCAGACGAAUUAGCACCAGUGGUCCACGAUAUUGUGGUUGCAAGCAUAGUUCAAUGCAAAUAUCCCACCUCCUACAAGCAUGCAAUCAUUAGUCCCAUACCAAAGAUCCGUCCACCCACAGACCUAGAUAAUGACUGCCGCCAAGUUUCCGUGCUACCACAACUAGCAAAAGUUAUCGAGAAGCUACAGCUGCAACUCAAUAAAUCCAGUUUCAAGAUCAAAACAAACCAGCACGCCUUUACGAGCGGUCACUCCACCGUGUCUGCCCUUACCUCCAUAUCUCAGAACUGGUUCGACUCAACGGACAACUCCUCAACCGGUAGACAAGGUGUCCACGCCCUAUUUGUUGAUUUCCGGAAGGCGUUUGACUUAGUCGACCAUAAGAUCCUUCUGGACAAGCUGCUGAUAUGA